AUGCCGCUCGGCUUCGAGCGGCUGAACGAGCGCGCUUCGCGGCCGAACAAGCUGAUCAACUUCAUCAAACCGCUGCCGGGCAGCGGCGCCGCGACGGCGGAGCGCAUCCUCAACCGCGUGGCGGCGCGGUGCUACCCGAUCAUGAAGGCCAACAACAUCGCCGUCAUGGCGCUCGAGGAGUACGAGCCGAACCCGGAGUUCGUGGGGCGCAACUUCAACGCCGGCGAGGUCAUCCAGCUAGUGCUCAAGAGCCGGGACGGUCGCUGGCUCAGCGUCAAACAGGUCGAGAUGGUCAUGAUGCACGAGCUCGCCCACUGCAAGCAGAUGAACCACAGCAGGUUCUUCUGGAGGGUGAGGAACGCGUAUGUGGAGGAGUUGAGGGCGCUGUGGGCGAAGGGAUACACUGGUGAGGGGUUGUGGGGACGGGGAAGAGAGCUGGAGGGCGGCGCUACGGUCAACGAAGAUGAGUUGGUUGACAUCGUGGACGUGGAAAGCCUGUGUGGUGGCACCUAUAGGAGCAGAGGAAAGAAGAGGGGGAGGGGUGGCAAGGAGAAGCCCGAACUGAGCUACGCAGAAAGGAAACAGCGGAGGAUUCUGAAGAAGUUUGGUGCUGGAGGCACAGUGUUGGGAACAGACGAAGCUGUCAAGACAGAGUUGGAAGAUGGUAAGAAGACAAAGAGCAAGGGCAAGCCACGCGUGGCGAACAGUGCUAGAGGGAGAGAACUGCGAGCUGCCGCGGCACUUGCGCGUUUCGAUAAAGCGAAGGAAGAACAGCAGGAGGUGCCGGGCGAGUCUUGCACAGAAUCCGAGUAUGACUCUGAUGGAGUUGAUGGCCCUGCCGCUCUCGAUAUCGAUGGCAACGAGUUGAGAGACGAGAAAGGCAACGGUUUCAUCAGGAUCUGCGAAGAUGAAGACCAGGAUGAUGUUCACGUCAAGCAAGAGAUGGACGAGCUCAGGGAGCUACGCCAGGAAAAAAUCACCAAGUUCACGAAGAAGCAACCGCAAUCCGAGGAAACUGCACAGGAACUUAUUGACUUGACAAAAGACAGCCCACCACCAGCAAAAUCGGGUCAGGAACCGGUCAAGCUCAGCAGCUCUAACAAAAGACAUGGGGCCAACUCCAAAGCAGGCCAACCGUCAACAAGCCGUGUGAACACUUCAAACUCGUCUAACCCGAAACCCAACUCGAUCAGCAAGAAGUCGGCUGCCUCAACUCAGCCCUCCGCCAAUAUGGAAUGUCCAAUCUGCUCAUUGUCCAAUGAGCAGAGUGCUCUGACCUGCGCUGCCUGCUCACACGUGCUCAAGCCAGAAGCUGUACCCGGUUUAUGGAAAUGCAGGAGCUUGACAUGCCGUGGAGGAGCAUACUUGAAUGCUGGAGACUCGGCAAGUCCUACGGCCACCACCACCCAUGUCUUCGAGCGCGUUGCCACCGAGGUCUCCAGUCUUGCUGCCUACAACAAGAAGUCCACCGCCUCUUCCCGCGAGAGGAUAUGCGAGCUAAAAGUAUGCCUCAGUGAGGAACAAGUCAUGCUGGCAAUACGCACACCUAACGCAAUGGAUGGGCCCUCUUCGACGACACUCUGA